GGAAGUGAGAAAAUAAGCAUAAUCAGCAGAACAGAGAAGCAUAACAAGCUCUGCAUACAGCACAGUGAGUGAGUGAGUGAAUCACACUGCAAAACGACACCGAACCGAAACUCUUGAGUGAGUGAGUGAGUGAGAAACAAUAAACAACAAAAAGAAAACUACUGAGCUCUGAGAAAACCACUCUUUGUGUUGUUUUUUUCUUUGGCGCAUUACAACAAACACUUUCCGCUCCCUUCGCUCAAACCAUUACCAAUGUCUUCCAUUACCUGAAUCUCAAUGCUCACUUUAAACGUCUUUUUUCUUCUGCCAUUGUCUCUGCAUCAAGAUCUUCGAAGGCAAUGCUGUCUCUGACAACAUUUCUCAGGGGAGGCCUUGAUCCUGCUUGAGAUUUUGAGAGUGUUCAUCAUUAUACCAUUUCCAAAUCAUAGACUUAGAUGCAAAUGUUACUUGCAUAAUCAAAGGUGAAUUGAGCUAAAUGGAUCAUACGACAUUACACUACGUCAAUUGAUCCAUCCCGCCGACCCCACUUAGUUGAACAAGGUUGAUUUGCUGAGAUCAUGGCAUCUUCAUGGGAACAUUUUGGGGAGGUUGCAAAUGUAGCCCAGCUGACGGGUAUAGAUGCUGUGAGGUUGAUUGGUAUGAUUGUGAAAGCUGCGAGCACGGCACGGAUGCACAAGAAGAACUGUAGGCAGUUUGCACAGCAUAUAAAGUUGAUUGGGAACUUGUUGGAGCAGCUCAAGAUCUCAGAGCUUAAGAGGUACCCAGAGACCCGGGAGCCUCUAGAACAGCUAGAGGAUGCUCUCAGAAGAUCUUACAUUCUGGUUAAUAGUUGUCAGGACCGCAGCUAUCUUUACUUACUGGCCAUGGGAUGGAACAUUGUCUAUCAAUUCAGGAAGGCUCAGAAUGAAAUCGACAGAUUGUUACGCCUCGUUCCUCUCAUUACUCUGGUUGACAAUGCUCGAGUCAGGGAGAGACUUGAAGUUAUUGAGAAGGAUCAACGUGAGUACACGUUGGAUGAUGACUGCCAAAAGUUGCAGACUGUUAUUUUAAAGCCUGAGCCGGACAAAGAAGACUCUGUGGUGCUGAAAAAAACUCUAUCCUGUUCGUACCCCAACGUACCUUUCUCAGAAGCACUUAAAAAAGAAAACGAAAAGCUUCAACUUGAACUACAAUAUUCACAGGCAAUUAUGGAUAUACAUCAGUGUGAAUUCAUUCAACGGUUGUUAGAUAUCACAGAAGUUGCAGCUUAUUCACCUGAAAAAGCUCAUAAGAAAGUAGAGUAUAGUAACUACAGCUACUCUGAUGCUGGUGGUGGUGGCAAAAGUCAUUCAUCUGCCGAAAAAGAAAAGCCUUAUAAAAAAAGUGAUACUUUUCCAGCAUCAAGGUCACCAGCUCCAGAAAAGUGCUUGCUGUUCUGAACCUUGUCUUUGUAUAAAGACAUGUUUCUUUCCUUGCGGAACACUUUCGAAGAUUGCUACUGUUGCAACCAACAGGCCAAUAUCUUCUGCAGAAGCAUGCAAUGACUUAUUGGCAUAUUCAUUGAUCUUGUCUUGCUGUUGCUAUACUUGCUGCAUAAGGAGGAAGCUUAGGAAGUUGUUCAACAUCACGGGUGGCUAUGUUGAUGAUUUUCUUUCUCAUUUCAUGUGUUGCUGCUGUGCUCUUGUGCAAGAAUGGAGAGAAGUUGAAAUCCGCGGGUAUUAUGGUUCUUCUGAGAAGAUCAAAACAAUCCCUCCACCUUUACAAUACAUGGAAUCUUGAGUGAAGAAAGGGGUAAAUCAUUUGAUUCUUUAGAGCUUGAAUACCAUUAUUGAAUAGAGGCAAUUGGCCAUUGGAACUAAACUACUGCAUGUGAAUUAAUAUUUCUGUAUUUUGUACAGUAACUUUACAUUAUUGCUUAUGGUGCUUGGUGCAUCAUAAACUCUUUUUUCUUACACCUGGUUUAAUAUAGUUUGAGUUCAUUUUUUUUACAUGUUUCA